AUGAAGUUGGUACGCUUUCUCAUGAAAUUGAACAAUGAAACUGUGACCAUCGAACUCAAAAACGGCAGCGUCGUCCAUGGUACAAUAACUGGGGUCGAUAUGCAAAUGAAUACCCAUCUCAAAACCGUCAAGCUGUCAAUGCGAAACCGCGACGCGACAUCUCUGGAUUCUCUUUCUCUUCGAGGGAACACGAUCCGAUACUUUGUUCUUCCUGACGCUUUGCCGCUUGACACGCUCCUUGUUGACGAUGCUCCCAAACCCAAAGGUGGUGCGCGGAAUAAGAAGGACGCCGGAGGAGACAGAGGAAGGGGUGGGCGAGGGGGCAGAGGCGGACCCGGUGGGGACAGGGGCCGAGGACGCGGCAGAGGAAGGGGGCGAGGACGUGGAUUCUAA